UUUUCUUCCGGGCCCGGCCCGCCCGGAAGUCAUGCUCUGCGCCACUGGCCGCCUCCUAGCGGCCCGGGCGGCGACCGCACUCCCCGCCCAGCCUAGAGGCCGGGGCCUGGCGCCCUGCUGCCGGCGCAGGGAACUACAUUUCCCAAGGAACCCCGAGAAGUCCCUUGGUAACUUCUUGGCCGGACAGCUCGCAAGACCCAGCGCGCUUGCAGGCCGGAGGGCCAUCCUGAGAAGGGUAAGGAUGCCACCGGCGGUGGGCGGAGGCCUGGCAGGGUCCGAGCUGCGUCCCCGGAGGGGCCGCUGUGGGUCCCAGGCUCCAAGGGCCGUGGGCGCGGAUGCGGCUGCCGAGACUACAGCGCGGAGCCCCAAACGGCCUGUUCCGGGCUCGCGGCGCUUCGAGGCGGUCGGCCAGUGGGCUCUACUGGCCCUGGUGACGCUAAUGUCCUUCGCCACCCGCUUCCAUCGUCUGGACCAGCCGCCGCACAUCUGCUGGGAUGAGACUCACUUUGGAAAAAUGGGAAGUUACUAUAUCAACCGCACCUUUUUCUUUGAUGUGCACCCACCUCUGGGAAAGAUGCUGAUAGGUCUUGCUGGCUACCUGAGUGGAUACGAUGGCACCUUUUUGUUCCAGAAGCCUGGGGACAAAUACGAGCAUCACAGCUACAUGGGGAUGAGAGGAUUCUGUGCAUUCCUCGGCUCCCUGCUCAUCCCCUUUGCCUACCUCACUGUGCUGGAGCUGUCCCGGUCCCUCCCGGCAGCACUGCUCGCGGCUGCCCUCCUCACCUUUGACACAGGAUGCCUCACUCUGUCCCAGUACAUCCUCCUUGACCCCAUCUUGAUGUUCUUCAUCAUGGCUGCCAUGCUGAGCAUGGUCAAGUACAACUCCUGUGCCAGCAGGCCUUUCUCUGCCCCCUGGUGGUUCUGGCUCAGUCUGACUGGCGUUAAUCUGGCUGGUGCUCUAGGGGUCAAGUUUGUUGGCCUCUUUAUCAUCCUGCAAGUGGGGUGGAACACCCUUUCAGACCUUUGGCACCUGUUUGGAGACCUCAGUGUUUCAAUGGUGACUAUGGGAAAACACCUGACUGCUCGCAUCCUGUGCCUCAUUGUGCUGCCCUUGGCUCUCUACACAGCCACUUAUGCUGUUCACUUCAUGGUGCUGAAUAAAAGUGGUCCUGGCGAUGGCUUCUUCAGUUCUGCCUUCCAGGCCCGGCUUGCAGGAAACACCCUUCACAAUGCUUCCAUCCCCGAACACCUGGCCUAUGGCUCUGUGAUCACUGUGAAGAACCUGCGGAUGGCCAUUGGCUACCUCCACUCGCACAGGCACCUGUACCCUGAGGGCAUCGGUGCCCGCCAGCAGCAGGUCACCACCUAUUUGCACAAGGACUACAACAACCUGUGGAUCAUCAAGAAACAUAAUACAAACUCAGAUCCCCUAGACCCUUCACUCCCAGUGGAGUUCGUAAGACACGGAGACAUCAUUCGACUAGAACACAAAGAGACUUCUCGGAACCUGCACAGUCACUAUCAUGAGGCCCCCCUGACCCGGAAGCACUAUCAGGUCACUGGCUAUGGCAUAAAUGGGACAGGGGACUCCAAUGACUUCUGGAGGAUCGAGGUCGUAAACAGAAAAUUUGGAAACCGCAUCAAAGUGCUGAGGAGUCGAAUUCGCCUCAUCCAUCUGGUCACAGGUUGUGUCCUGGGCUCCUCGGGGAAAGUCCUGCCCAAGUGGGGCUGGGAGCAGCUGGAAGUCACCUGCACGCCAUACCUAAAGGAAACCCUCAGCUCCGUCUGGAACGUGGAGGACCAUAUCAAUCCCAAAUUGCCAAACAUCAGCCUGGACGUGCUGCAGCCCAGUUUUCCUGAGAUAAUGCUGGAGUCCCACAUGGUGAUGAUCCGGGGGAACAAUGGCCUCAAACCCAAAGAAAAUGAGUUCACGUCCAAACCCUGGCACUGGCCCAUCAACUAUCAGGGCCUGCGCUUCUCAGGGAUCAAUGACACGGACUUCCGAGUAUAUCUGCUCGGCAACCCGGUGGUUUGGUGGCUGAAUCUGCUAAGCAUCGCCCUCUACCUCCUCUUGGGGAGCAUCAUUGCUGUGGCUAUGCAGAGAGGGGCACAGCUGCCUGCCCAGGUGGAAGGGCUGUCCCAGGUCCUGCUGCGAGGAGGCGGGCAGCUCCUGUUUGGCUGGAUGAUCCAUUACUUCCCGUUCUUCCUGAUGGGCCGGAUCCUCUACUUCCACCACUACUUCCCCGCCAUGCUCUUCUCCUGCAUGCUGACAGGCGUCCUGUGGGACACUCUCCUGCGGCUCUGUGCCUGGAGCCUGUCCUCCUUUGCCCUGGCCAGGGCCGUACAUGCGCUGGGAAUCCUGAGCCUGCUCCUGGGAAUUGUCUACAGCUUCUACCUCUUCCACCCUCUCGCUUACGGGAUGGUUGGUCCCCUAGCCGAGGACCCCCGAAGUCCGAUGGCAGGACUCAGGUGGCUGGAAUCAUGGGACUUUUGAGGCCACUGCAAGGACUCCAGCCUGAGCCCAAGAACUUCCUUGGAACAACCAGCUGUGGAGCCAGUCCCUGGAUCCUCCCAGCUGUGGGGAAAGCUGCCUGAGGAACCUGCGGUAUUCUGCUGCCUGCCGGGACCACGCCCUGGGAACCCCUGGAAUUGAACCCACCAGAGCCAUGGGUUCCACCGCUGGGACUGGCUCAGCAACAGGCGACAACAUCCCGCAGGCUCAUUUCCCCGAGUGUGCAACAUGAGGAAGCAUGAGUGUGUGAGAGGAUGAGUGUGCGUGUGAGGGUACGUGUGUCCGUAUACUUGUGGAAUAUACACCAUGACUGUGGACGGCUGAGUGUCAUAAACGAAGAAAUCAUCCAGGGAUAUGGUAGUAUUUUCUGGUAUUAUUUUCACACUGGAUUUGUGGUUUUUUUGUCUUUUUAGGGCUGCACCCGAGGUAUAUACAGGUUCCAGGCUAGGGGUCAAAUCAGAGCUGUAGCCGCUGGCCUACACCACAGCCACAGCAAUGCAGAAUCUGAGCCAUGUCGGCCACCUACACCACAGCUCAUGGCAACACCAGAUCCUUAAACCCACGGAGUGAGAUCAGGGAUGGAACCUGCAUCCUCAUGGAUGCUAGUCAGAUUCAUUUCCGCUGAGAUACAGUAGGAACUCCUCGCACUGGAUUUGGUUUGUAAGAUUCAUCAAAACUUCUCAGAUCUCCGAGAAGGCUGCAAGCACAGAGCUCACCUUGGGAUAUCCCUGGGGGCAGAGCAGAUGGGACUGUUGAGGCUGUGCUGCCCUCCUUCCCACAAAUAAGCCCAAAUGGCUGCGUGCCCCUGAGCCCCAGCGCCACCUCCCAGCUGCUUCCCCGCCUGGUUGCUUCUAGAAGUCUCCUUUGUGGCCUUAGGUGGCUAGACUUCUGCCCACAGUGUGCGCAAGGACCUGGGCCCCAGAGCCAGGCGGCGGAGAAGGCCCUGGCCGUGUUGGCCCUCCUGGGGCCUGAGUUCCUCGCUGUCUGGGAACGUCACACAUGACAUUGGUGGGAGGAAUGGCCCCCUGUCCUUGGCUUUGCAUGUUCUCAGGUCCCGUGAGCCACAGGCCAUUUCUGCCCGUCCCUCUCCCUCUGUACCCAGCCUGGCUGUGAGAGGGUUGCACUGGGAGCCUUUGGGGCCCCUUUCCUGGCAGCCGCAGUGGAUGCGCAGCAGAGUAGGGAUGUGUGGUGCUGGGCUGGGGUCCUAGUGGGGCAUCGGGGCAUGGGCUCCUCUGGCCGGGCUGGGCUGCUGUUCCUGUCACUCACAAAGCACUCCCUGUUUUUAACUCUAUGGUCCUCUCCAGCUGACACCCCCGCCCCACCCCGCUCCAUUUCAUUUUCUAUCUCUGUGUCACUGUUUCACCAGUCUCUUUUCCCCAAAGACCCAGAGCCCCUAGAAAUGCAUCAGAGCUUCUACUCUUUACCACUUUGAAGCCCAAACAAGAAGCUCAGAGCUGUUCCUUUCAGUUCCGCCCCACAGGAAAGGGAUAAAGAAAACCCUUGGGUCAGAACUGAACUAACCCAAGGCCAGCCCUUCAGCUUGCCUCUGUGCUCCUGGUGCAUGACAAAAUAUUAUUUUGUCUUAGAGGACUGUGAUGCUUCAAGGUUUAAUGAUGAGUAUCUGCCACACUCUGUCUUCCCUCCUCUGUAGCCCCCACCAACUCUGUCAGGGUCAGCGCUCUUUAGAGCAUCUUUGCUAGGCGGUUGCCACGGAGACUGGAAAUUGGUCCCAAGGACAGGCUGUGCUACCUACUGGGUGGUGGGGAGGGAAGCUUCUGGCCACACUUGCUCGCUUGCUCGGACGUUCAGACCAACCAUCAUUAAUGUUAAUAGAGGAAAUGCAGCAACGUCAAGAGCAAGGCAGGUUCGUUAAUUAGAUCUGGGGCCUGAUGACCUCCCUUUCUCAGUGCUGCAGCCCUUUUGACUUCCCCCAGCAGGAAGCACUGCCGGGUGCUGAGUCUGGGCUGCUUGCUUAAUUGCAUUUCUGCAAGGGAAGGAGAGCGGGGACGGACAGCCUCUGCUCCCCCAUCUCCUCUCCACCCCCAGGCCCAGUUGGUUUCUUCCAGGCUGGGUGGGAGCAGCCACCUGGGUGGGCUCUCCUGGAGGUAGAAUGCAGGAAGCUGUGCUUGGCUCUUAGCAGAGAACAGUGGCCCCACCAUGACAGAUGACAGCUGGGAGGUGGCUGAUGUUCCUUUGCGCUUUCUUAUUUUCUAAUAGGAACCUGUUGGAAGGGGGUGUACCGAAGGAGCCAGAGGGGAGCCACUGAAUGAGGGGAGGGGAGAGGAGAAAGCUCAGCCAGCUUCCCUCCCCGCCCCUCCCUUCUAAUUUGCCCAGAGAAGUUUCCAUUGUCUCUUCCACUUCCUUCCAACGAUGGGAGAAGAACUGUCUGCCUACUCCCUCCUCUUCCUCCUUGACAGACUGGCAGACCUUUCUCUGGGGACAAGGCCAUAUGGGUUGAUGGCCUCAGGUACUCAGGUUGUGGUGUUGGAAGAUGCUGGGGGAGGGGCUGUCGGAUGGGGCUCUGAGUAUGGCCUCCGGUCCCCAGAAGCUGGCAGAAUGUGACAUGCCCUACAGACUUGCUGGCAUAGGGGGACGUUUGUUAGUCCAGCCUCUAGCCAGCUAACAAAUAUUUUAUAUUAAAACAAAGUUUCCUCAGAUAAUCAGAGGCCAUUUACUUUUGUAAUAAAUACCUCUUAUUUUGAAUGCCA